GCGGGCCUGGGAGCGGCCGGGGACAGCGCGGGCCUGUGUGUCCGCGGCGCCGGGGUUCGCGGGAGCUGCUUGGAGGCUCGGCGGCCGGGAGGAGGCCGGGGCCACGCUUCUUGGAAGCUACUGAGUGACUUCUUUGAAGAACCAUGAAGUCACACUAUAUUGUGCUAGCUCUAGCCUCCCUGACGUUCCUGCUGUGUCUCCCCGUGUCCCAGAGCUGUAACAAAGCACUCUGUGCCAGCGAUGUGAGCAAAUGCCUCAUUCAGGAGCUCUGCCAGUGCCGGCCUGGAGAAGGGAACUGCCCCUGCUGUAAGGAGUGCAUGCUGUGCCUCGGGGCCCUGUGGGACGAGUGCUGCGACUGUGUCGGUAUGUGCAACCCUCGGAAUUACAGCGACACCCCGCCCACAUCCAAGAGCACCGUGGAGGAGCUGCACGAGCCCAUUCCGUCCCUGUUCAGGGCGCUGACGGAGGGCGACACCCAGCUGAACUGGAACAUCGUCUCCUUCCCUGUGGCAGAGGAGCUGUCACACCAUGAAAACCUAGUCUCCUUCCUAGAAACUGUGAACCAGCUGCACCACCAAAACGUGUCUGUUCCCAGCAACAAUGUCCACGCCCCCUUCCCCAGCGACAAAGAGCGCAUGUGCACAGUGGUUUACUUUGAUGACUGCAUGUCCAUCCACCAGUGUAAGAUAUCCUGCGAAUCCAUGGGUGCAUCCAAGUAUCGCUGGUUUCACAACGCCUGCUGCGAGUGCAUCGGUCCAGAGUGCAUUGACUAUGGGAGUAAAACUGUCAAGUGUAUGAACUGCAUGUUUUAAAGAGGGGGAAGAAAUGCAAACCAAAGCAGUAAGUCAUGAAGUGUGCAGAAAUCUUGGUUCUGGUAUGCUAGGAGUGUGUUAAGUUAUAUGAUUGUAACUGUGCUUUUUAUAUCUGGUGCCUAUUAGUGUAGGUCUUUUCCAUUGGAUUCAAUGGAACUUUAGUCACAUGAGGAUCGGGAGUUCAGAGGAGUCCUGGGAAAACCUGACAUGCUGACAGAAGGUGCCGUCUUCUUCCAGCUUUCCAAACACUUCUCGUUUUGAACGUGAUAGCACAAGCCUGGUACAUGUGUGGUUCUCACCUGCCAGUUGUAGAACACUAGGUCCCUAUAGUCACACAUCUCUUAAUUGUGCCUUGGCUGGCUUACCUGUUUUGUAUGAGUAAAUAUUACAGUUUAUAAUUCUAACAACUCACAUUCAAGCCAUGCUGAAACUUAAUUUCAAACCACUUUACAUUGGUUUUAGAAAGUAAAUAUUUACUAUAUUUUACAACAGAAGAGUUUUGCCUAGGGCCAGCGAGCUGACUCAGUGGAUAAAGGCGCUUGCUACCAAGCCUGAUAACCUGAGUUCCAUCCCCAGAGCCCGUACAGUGGAAGGACAGGACCAGCUGCUGGGAGUUGUCCUCUGACCUCCAGACAGGCACAGUAUCAUGCGUGGAGGUGUGCUUGUGUGUGCACACACAUAACUAACUGUUUUUAAAAAUAUAAACCUCUUACAUGGUGAAAUCUAAAUCUGUCGUGUAGCUCUCACACUGACAGUGGUUUGGAUGUUAUGUCCCCUGUCCGCCUGUAGUGCUGGUGUGGUGAGACACAGAGUCGUCACUGCUCUGGUAUAGAAGAGUUUUGUCUACCAAGAGUGUCAUGGCAUACCUUUGGAACUUCAUCAAAUGCACUUGAGGAUGACCUGGGUCAGGAAGUAGCCAGGUAAAAGCAGCGGGACUGUAGGCGAUGCUCCAUUAGACUCCGUGCAGAGCAGCAGGUGCACAGCAUAGCUGGGUGUGCGGCUGACCAGGAGAGGGUCUGACUCCGCACCAGCAGAACAGCAGGGUCUCCAGCACGUGUGGGAAGCACGUGGGAGAGGGUUGAGGAAGGAUGCACAGAUGUGGACAGAGAAGCAUAAAAAUGUCGGGAACUCCUAGUAGGGUCCACCUUAAAAUCGCUUUAUAGUCUCUGGCUUUGUUACUCUGUAAGAUUACACUUGUUUCUGGAUAUCUGAAUCCAAAUAAGCAUCAUAUUUUAAGAAGCUCUGUUUCUGAACUUCCAGGGGGAAAUCUGUUUAAUGUGUUUACUCCUAGCAUACUACAGAAUUUUCUAGCUCUAUAGCUUCUUACCUAGCGUUUCCAUAGUGCUGAGCUUCAUUACUACACGCCCUUCCUAGUAAUAAAAUUCUCACCUUCAAGCAUGAAUCAAAAACAAAUAUCUAUAAUACACAGGUUCAAUUUUAUAGAAUUGCUAUUUUCUCUAGUGCAUAUCUCAUUAAAAGUAACUUUUUAGGAAUAAUCUUUAUAUGGGUACAUAUUUUGGUACAUAAAAUAGAAAAUGUUCUUAAACUCAUUUUGUAUUAUUUGAAUAGUUACAAGAUGAUUUGUGGUAUCAUGGGUACCCAUUAUAAACCAUGCUCUUCCCAGUAGCUGACGAACUCAAGGUAUCACAGCCUUCUAAGAAGCCGACUUAGAACAUGGCUGUACAUGAAUAUUAUACAUUAAGGUGUCCUCUCACUUCUACCCAGAGUGCCUCUGUUCAAAGGUGCCUUGGAAACAUUUCAGCCCCUUCCUUCUUAGCUCCCACAGGGCUGUGGGUGUUCUUGAAAUCAGGAGGCGUUUUGAAGGACCACAGCUGCUCCAUUUCAGCCGCUGAUUCUUAGGAAAGUUCAUGCUCUGACAGAAGUGUGCUUUGAUGGCUUCUAGCGGUGCAUCUCGUCUCGUUUUCUUUGUUUGUUUUUGUUGUUGCUAUCAUGGUUUGGUUUGGUUUUGAGACAGGAUCUCUGUGCAGCCCUGGCUGGCCUGGAAUGUACUAUGUAGACCAGGCUGGCUCUCCUCAUGUUUUCUUAGUGAUGGCCAUAAACAUUGUUAAAAUACAUCACCAUCUUUUAAAAACUUUUCAUUAUUAAAAUUUAAAAUAUAGCAUGUCAUUUUUUUACCCCAUACAUUUGCUAUGAAAAAUUUUUUAAACCACCUGCUUUAACUUUUUUAUUGCCCUGUUUUUCCUAUUAGAAUUGAUCCCCACUGAGGUAAAUUUUAUAAUCAUGUUUUGUGUAUUUUUCCUGGCUCGCCAAGGCUUAUGAAGAAAUAGCAGCCAUUCCCUGACAGGUUUGCGCUCCCACCACAGAGAGGCUGAGCAAGAUGAUCAGAGGAUCAAGGCCAGCCAGAGCAAGGCACUGCCCAGAAAGCACAAGUCCUGUGCUCAGCGUUUUGCGUAGCGUUUUAUUCCUAAUUGAAAUGUAAUAUUUCAGAAGCUAGCAGCCUCGCUCAGUCUAGACCUUCCACACCAAUCUAGCAGCGAUUCUCCCGUACUAAAGCCUUUGUAAGAGUUUACGGUUCUUCCUCAGUGAAAAAUGAUCUUGUUUUUCUUACAGCCGGAUCCAAAGACGCUAGAUGUUAAGGGCUGAGGCUGAAGCCCGGUGACGGGGCGCUCACCUGUCAUGGUGCAGCCCUCGUUCCACCGUGAGCACCAGCAAGAGACAAACACAAGCUUGUGAGUCAGAGGCCGUUAUUAAAUUCAUACGCACAUACUCCCUAUAGCGAGACAUGGGCUUAUGGGCAGGCUUUUUUUUCAUAACAUUUAUGAGAAAACAAUGUUUUCCCCAUAACAUUUAAUUAGGACUGUAGCUUAUUGGUAAUUAAGGUACAAAAUCAAAGUCGAGUAGAAUGUACUGUUCACACAGCGUGUUGUGAAAGGGGUCCUCACACCAAAGUUUAACUGUAAAGUUUAGAAAAAUAACAUUGUCAUUAGCAUAUUUGAACACAUAUUUGGAAUUUCUAAAAAGCAUCAAAAUAGAAAAAGAAAGUGAAACUCUGGAGAAUGAGAUGCUGAAGAUGGGCUAUGAUUUAAAGGUCUGUUCUGUAGUUAGAAAGCACCUUUUAAAGACUUUGUUCAUUCCCAAGAGUCUAUGUUGAUUGCAUUUAACAUGACCGACAACUUAUAUAUGUAAUUGUGUACAUUUUCAUUGGUUGUCUCUGUAGUCCAAAAGAAGGUAUUUUAAUAAAAAAUAGAAAUGACUGUGA